CUCUUGGCUAUAAAUAAAUGGAAAAAUACCAAAUCAUGGACACCAAUGAAUACAUCAAGACUAAGCUUUACAGCGAAGAUACUAAAAAUCUUCUAGCUGGAGGAGUAGCAGGAAUAUGAGCUAUGACUGCCACCCAUCCACUUGAAAGAAUUAAGAUGAUGAGAAUCCUAGGUGUUCAAGAAAUUGCUGGCAAAAGCCUGCUUCGUUCUAUUUAUAAAAUUGCUCAAACCAAAGGGAUACACUCCAUCUUUAGAGGAAGUGCAGUUAGUUGCAUUCGUGAGUUUCCAGGAGCAGGACUAAUGUUUUUCUUUUAUGAAAGAUUCAAGUCAACAUUAAUGGAUAAUAAGAAGCCGGAAGAUCCUGAAUUCCCAGUUCAUGUUCUGAGUGGAGCUAUGGCUGGAUUCAUGUCUAGUACAAUUACAUAUGUCUUGGAUCCAGUCAAGACCACCAUGGCUGGGGAUUUUGAUGGAAAAGCUGGAAACAUCAGAACUAUCUUAAGAAAUACCUAUAGAAAAGAUGGUUUGAGAGGUUUAUAUCAUGGAUAUACUGCUACAAUGUGUAGUGUUACUCCAUAUAUAGCUCUAAAUAUGACUUGCUUCGACUACCUGAAGUCUGUAUUUGCAAGGAAGCCUGAUUCUCCAUACUUUUCACUGGUGAAUAUGAUCUGCGGAUCUUUCUCAGGAAUGAUAUGAUGAUGAAUCAUCUUUCCAAUAGAAUCUAUAAGAAGAAGGUUACAAGUGAAGUGACAGACAUGAUUCGCGAGAAGAUACUCAACCAUUGGUGAUUGUGUACAAAAGGUAUACCGCAGACAUGGAAUGGGCGGAUUUUACUAUGGACUCGUCCCAGCAUGAAACAAGAUUUUCAUUAGUGCGGGCGUAAUGUUUAUGGUCAAUGAGAAAGUAAAAGAAAUUUUAAGACCAUAA